AUGUCUCUCGCCAACGCCAAGUUCCCCUCCUCGGCCGCCUUUGACGCCAUCAACUCGGCCCUCAGCAGCGAGGCCGACCGCAAGGACGCCAUCAAGCAGGGCAACGCCGUCUUCGCCUUCACCCUCAAGAACUCGGCCGGCGAGACGGACAGCUGGCACAUUGACCUCAAGGAGACGGGCACCGUGCAAAAGGGCCUGCCUUCCAAGCCCACCGUCACGCUGUCCCUGUCCGACACCGACUUUGCCUCGCUCGUCGCCGGCAAGGCCAAUGCCCAGAAGCUCUUCAUGUCCGGCAAGCUCAAGAUCAAGGGCGACGUCAUGAAGGCCACCAAGAUGGAGCCCAUCCUCAAGAAGGCCCAGACCAAGUCCAAGCUGUAA